AUGGAUAACAUACCUGAUGACCUGUUCGAAAAUUUCUUUGACGACAAGUGGGAAGCCGAUCUGGAUUCGGACGACGAGCCUGUUGGCGACAUUGACGAAUCCGACCAAGAUACCUCUCAAGCUCGAAAACCUGUUGACCACCGUCCUAUUCAACAUGCUCACACCGAAUCGUACAAGGCCAAUCUUGCGAAGGCCGGCAAACGUCCUCUUGAUGCUGUUCUCGCUAUUUUUAAUGCCUUACAGUCAAAUGGGCUUACUCUUCCUUGGUUUGUGGGCUUGGUGCUCUAUGGAGAUGAGGAAUGCACGGCCGACCCAAAGGUGAGGUACGAGCGAACAGGGUUGUUGGGCAGUGCAGAGUUUAGAGAGGCUUUGCUGCGGUGUGCAAGGCCACCGGGGGGUAAGGCAAAACGUGGUCGCGGGGUUGUGGAGGAUAUAGCGACGGAAAUUGUGGGACAGUUAGUAGCGGAGGACAUCAGGGCUAUAGCAGACCUCAUGACAGCGGGCAAAGAUGCUCUCAGCCGCAAGGAAUUGACCAGUUUGGAUAUGAAGAAGAUAUGCUUGGAGUUAAAGGAGAGAGCCUCAACAUUGUGGACUAUAUUGCUGAAGGCCGGGUGGAGUGAAUCUCAAGCAGAACGGAACACACACAAAACACCCGAGAAUGUACGAGUGGCUUCCAUCUCAGUUAUCAUGAAUGUCAUGUCGAUACUUUCAUACACACGCUCACAUCACCGUAACCGACUCCCUAUGUUUUGGGCUCUCUACCUCAAACAUUGCGGCUUGUCAGCUCGCGCGUUCGACACUCUUCACGCACUAGGCCUCGUCAUGAGUCACAAAUGGACUUGUGACGCACUCGUGCAAAUUGCCACAUCCGAGACCAACGCCAUGGUCAAGUACAGUCGCGAGCGCGCCAUAUUCGGCACCUUUGACAACGAGAACAUACCCCGCAGAGUCUUUUCCCAGCGUAUCAGCAACCAGAACAUGUUCAUCAGCGCGACGGGUGGUACACUAUGGGUUCUGCCGAAGCACGUAGCCCUCGACCCAGAUCUGAACCGGAAAUAUCAGGAAGGUCGUCGGGAAGGCGCGAAGCAGUGCUUCAACUAUCAAAAACUCCUCGAAGGCAACCCCGACAUCCAGCACCGCCAGCGCGCUCAAGAUAUAUGGCAGAUUACAGACUUCUUGAUCAACUCACCAGCUUUUGAGAAUUAUUCCGACCGCAACAACAGCUUAUUUGACCGACCAGCACCCGUUGAUGAACUUCCAUGUGGCCCCGAGCAUAUACCCGAACAGUUCAUGUUCUCGACAGCGGACAUUGAUGAGGCCAGCUAUGAGGGUGUGGAGAAGGUUAUACAUGAGUGGUUUCGUCAAUUGAAGAUGGACUCACUGGAAGAGAUGAAGAAGACAUCGACAGGAAGGUUCUUUCCAUGGGGUGGCGAUGCACUCACAACCUCCCGACUACGGGGCCUAGCACUAUAUAAGGGGCAAGACAUCAACAGCUAUGAGAGGAUGGACUACUUGAUUGGUACGAACGGGUUUCUCCAUAUCAUGUUCGCGGUCGCAAACUCGAUACACGCGCAAUACUUAGGCGAGUCGGGCGGAAUUGGUCUUAGAAGGGCGUUCGACAAGCUCAAGAGGAAAGGGUUACUUACGACGUCAAUCAAGGGCCCAUUCUGGCAUCAUCUCGAUGAGGUUUUAUGGCACGUUGGGGAGGCGAUGAUUUUAGCGUGUUGGAUGGAGGUCGCCGGUGUCGAGAAAUUGGACGAGCUGGCCGAAUGGCCACCGGAGGCGCUUGCAACGCUGGCAGAGGAGAUAUAUGACAACUGUGCAAGCCGCGACACACUCGCUCGGACGCGUGCUAUGGACCCAGAGGAUCAAGACGAAAUCAACUCACAGGCUAUCAUGUUUCUUACAGACUUAUUGCCAUACUUCAAUCUUCGUGAUUCGAUCAAGAGAGGUGAUGUCGGACGUAUCCAGGAUCUUCUUCCGUGGAUGCUACUACAAUUUGAAGGUGGAUCUAAUAGCAACUACACAAAAGAGAUCCUAGAGCUGAUUCAAGGAUUGGAGCGGGAGUGGCAGUCGGACGUAAAAAACUUCAUCGUGAAGCAUUGUUGGCUGGUCAACGUCAACGGAAAACGCGACGGCUAUAAACCGAUAGAUCAAGCUCAAGAGCAAAAUAUCAAGAAGGAAAAAUAUUCUUACCGCAGUCUGGGACCAGGGGCGACAAUGGAGAACCACAGCAAAAAGGCGAAGACAAUCCCCGUGGUUGAUCUGGUGAAGGAUCAUGUUAAGUCACAGUUCAAACUGGUACGUACGCGUGGCGACAAACAUACAACACCAGCGAAGGAGAAAGAUGUGGCAACAUGGAGGGACAUUGCCGUAGCGGAAGGGUGGUUCAGGCCGAAGGGGGGGCGCACGUUCAAAAAUGCGGGGAAUCGUGCGAAGGACUUUGUGACGGAAGGAAUGGCGAGCUUAGCGCAGAGCCGUACGAUUAAGGAGUGGUGGGACAACCGAUCAUUCCCAAGGGAAACAUCGGAGCGGUGGUUGGACGAAGAAAGAAAGCAGAAAGAGGAUGACAAAAAGCGAAAAGCAGAGGACGUGAGCGAGAAAUCUAAGCGGCAGAGAAUGGCGGAGGAAUCAGAUACAGCGAAUGAGUGA